AUGUCAGAAACUGACAUGGCAGUUAUUAAUCCUGAGAUGAUGAAGCCCUAUGUGUGGCUUCAAACUUCCGAUGAUUCAAUCCAACAAGUGGAACAAGAGAUUGCGAUGUUUUGUCCAUUUAUAUGUCAAGAAAUAAUACAAAAAAGCAUGGGAUCUUCCAAGAAUUGUGCAAUAUGUCUUCCUCAACAAGUCAGUCCUGCCAUGUUGAGCUUAAUUCUCGAUUAUUGUCGAUUUCAUCAAGUACUAGGCCGCUCAAACAAGGAACGGAAGUCUUAUGAUGAGAAAUUCGUCAGGAUAGACACAGAGCGGCUCUGUGAGUUGACGUCUGCUGCGGAUAGCCUUCAGUUAAAGCCAUUGGUUGAUCUCACUAGUCGUGCACUAGCUCGAAUAAUCGAAGGAAGAUCACCGGAGGAGAUACGCGACAUAUUUCAUUUGCCUGAUGAUCUUACAGAGGAAGAGAAAUUGGAGCCCCUGAGAAACAUAACUGACGAUCCAAGGAUCAGGCUUUUGAAUCGCUUGUAUGCCAAGAAGAGGAAAGAACUUAAAGAGCGUGAAAGGAUAAAGAAUGUUGAAGUUGAAGAAGAGCAUGUAGAUGAACGAUCAGUUGAUGACCUUUUAUCUUUCAUUAAUGGAAAUGACGGAGAUCCGAAGGGGAUUAAAACUUCUAAAAAUAAAAAGAAGAAUCGAAGGAAAAAAGACCAACAGAAGAAUUCUUCUUUGAAGGAAGCAUCUGUACCAGAUAAGAAGGAGGAGGUAAACGGUCAUAAUGUCAGACACCAUAGUUCGGAAGCUGAUAGACCGUGUGAGACCUCGAAUUCACACCAUACAGACGAUGAUCUUAUGGUUGAGUUUGAUGAUGAUGAUACAGAUGAUGAGAUUGAUCCGGUAUUAAAGGCAAAAAUUGACAGGGAAGUGGAAGAUUUUGCCCGCCGAUUAAAUUCCAACUGGCCAGAAAGAAUAAAAGACUUUUUGUCGUCGACACAAGAAAGGAAGACAAAGCUUUUAACCACCACCAAUGGGAAUGGUUGUCUAAGGCGACAUGCAUGUAUGCUUCUUCCAUGCAUUUCAAUACUUUACCUUAACCAUGUGCUUUCUACCUGA